CUCACUAGUUCUUCUCCAUCAUCAACUUCUCAAAAUGGAUCAUCAGAUUCAGCAGGUACAGAGGCUCUAAGUGUACAGUGACUAACUAUCUCUAUACCCUUUGUUUAAGCAUGAACUAAUUCAGAUUAAUAAUUCAUGCUGCAGAAAGUGGUGAUCAAGGUGCUCACCAUGACUGAUGACAAGACAAAGCAGAAAGCCAUUGAAGCUGCUGCUGACAUAUAUGGAAUAGACUCGAUUGCUGCGGAUCUAAAAGAGCAGAAGCUGACGGUGAUAGGAGGGAUGGAUGCGGUUGCAGUGGUGAAAAAGCUGAAAAAGGUGGCAAAAGUCGAAAUUUUAUCGGUUGGGCCAGCCAAGGAAGAGAAGAAAGAAGAAAAGAAAGAGGAAGAGAAAAAGGAAGAGAAGAAAGAGGAAGAGAAAAAGGAAGAGAAGAAAGAGGAAGAGAAAAAGGAAGAAAAGAAAGAGGAAGAGAAGAAAGAAGAGAAGAAGUGAUAUGUACUCAUUGUUUAUCUCUCUCUAGUCUAUUCCUGCCCACCAACAUCUAUGCUUCAUCAGCUCAAUCAAUGAAAUUGUUUAGCCUGUAAAAAGGUGGUGACAUUCUGAGCAGAGUAUAUAUAUAUUGCCAACCUAAAUAAGAAGACCAUCAGUGUUUUUUCG